AUGGCCAAGUCACGCGCAACUACAAACACUGCUGCUGCCAAGAAGUAUAGACAAAAGGUCAAGAAGACCGUCACUGCCAAGGGCUCAGUUGCUUAUACAUCCACAGGUGACGCACGCGUCGACCUGUUCUAUCAUACUGCUCGUGGUAUCGCCGAUACCCAGCUGACCACCCUGCUCGCCGAGUCCUGGAAGGUGUCGCCAUUGGACACACUCAAGAUUGUCUUUUACAACCGUGAUUGCCGUGGAGGUAAGGGUGAGCGCCAAAUCUUCCUCACAUCAAUCACCUGGAUGCAGGAGCAUCAUCCAGAGACGGUCGCCAAGAACUUCUCCCAGAUUCCAAACUUUGGCUCGUGGAAGGAUAUCACACAUUUGAUUGGCACCAACCUCGAGUCCCAGGCUCUCGAGGCCCUCUCCACUCAGCUCAAGGCUGACCUCAAGGCUUUGGAGGAGGAUCCAAAGGCCUCGGUCUCCCUUGCCGCCAAGUGGGCUCCAACCGAGGGCAACCACGACGAUGUCAAGAGCAGCGCUGCCAAGAAGUUGGCCCUGGUCUUGAGCGUCAACCGCACCAACGCCAAGAAGGAGUACCGUAAGCGCUUCUUGGUUCCACUGCGUCGCCAAAUCAAGAUCACCGAGACCCUCAUGUCCCAGGACGGUUGGGACAAGAUCGAGUUUGGAAAGGUGCCAUCUCGCUGCAUGAAGCUCCAGCGCAAGUCUUUCGAGAAGCACGAGCCCGAGCGCUUUGCCGCCUACACCGCCGCCUUGACCAAGGGUGAGGCCAAGGUCAACGCCAAGCAGCUGUUCCCACACGAGAUCUGUAAGUCCUACUUCAACGCCAGCGCUGUCGACCCCAUCCUCGAGGCUCAAUGGAAGGUGCUCCAAGAGGAGACCGCCAAGCUUGGCAAGCUCAGUGACUGCAUCGUGCUCUCUGAUGUCUCUGGCUCCAUGUCCGGUACCCCAAUGGAGGUGUCAGUCGCCCUCGGACUGCUGAUCUCGUCGCUCACGGACGAGCCAUUCAGAGACCUCGUCAUCUCCUUCCACGAGACGCCAUCCUUCUGCAAGGUCGUUGGUAACAGCCUUUUUGAGCGCGUGCGCUGCAUCAAGGCGUUCCCAUGGGGUGGCUCCACCAACUUCAACCUGGUCUUCGACCUGAUCCUCCAGAAGGCCAUCAAGAACAAGCUUCCCCAGGAGGCCAUGCCCAAGAAGUUGUUCGUCAUCUCGGACAUGCAGUUUGACUCUGCCGACAACAGCUACAAGUCAAACCACGAGAACAUGCUCAAGCAGUACAAGAAGGCCGGCUACGAGCCACCCCAGAUCAUCUACUGGAACGUCAACGGAUCCUACACGACCACCCCCGUAGGAGACGCAUCCAUUCCAGGUGUCGGCCUUGUGUCUGGUUUCUCGCCAUCGAUCCUCAAGGCGAUCAUCGAGGCCGGUGACACCACCACCCUCUCACCAUUGGCCAUGCUCCAGCCAAUCCUCGAGGACAAGCGUUAUGCCGACCUGACCGUCUAA